AUGACUGUGUUACCGGAAAGUAAGCAAGUUGAGGAGCCAGCAGGCACCAUAAAGGACAAAUGCGUGAACUGCUUGAAAGGAUCGAACCUGAUAAAGACGGUGGUGGUGAUCGUGUGCGUCGGGGUCGUCAUACAACAGAUAGUGACUUGCAUCAACAAGCUAAUUGACAUACCGAUAACGACGUACACCCACUUCGACUUCAACAGAACCCUCGUUUACCCGAGCAUCACUUUUUGCAGGGAGCCACCUUAUAAAUUUGACAAAAUGCUGGAGUAUGGCCUGAUAACGCACCCUGUGCUCACAAGCGCGUGGCGUAAUUUCAACUUCUCUGCCGUCCCCCUGGACAAACUUUGGAAGGACAUCACGUAUGAACCCGAGGAAUUCUUUGCGCAGUACGGGUUGAAUGGAGAAAUGCACAAUGUAGAAGUUAAAGAAAGUAUAGGGUUCAUGUUUGGCCGCUGCUACACCCUCACUCCCAAGAUCCUCAGCACCAGAGCGACAAGGGAUACAGGGCUCUCCAUCACGCUUCAGUAUGAUUCCAAGGAUGCGGCUACAUCGGUCAGCAUUCACCCGCCAGGGUACCACGCCUACAUCCAUUACUCGAGGGAACCAUACACAGAAGUAGCAGUGUACAACGGGGGUCUCAUAGACUACUUGUACUGCAAGGUGGGAGAGACCAUAGACGUGAAGUUGUCCGUGAACAAGUACGUCAUGAUCAGUGAUGACAAUGAACCCUGUGCUAGCGAAGACAGCUACAGUGCUAACACUUGCACUACAAAAUACGUAUGGGAUGAAGUGGGCCAAAUAGCGGGGUGUUCAGGGCCGUGGAUGAAAAGCGACUUACCGCCUUGUGACAACUUUCAGUCAAUGAGGGACCUAAUCGUUGCUUACACGCUACGGUACCAAGCGCACAACUGCAGCAGCUGCCCUCGAUACUGCACUUCGUACCUAUACAACGGCUUCGUGACAGACCGUCACAUGCUAGAAUGGGACGUGAUAGAGAACAAGUGGACCAGCAAAACUGGCGGCUCUGAAUUUCAGACUCAGCUUUUCGUGUACUUCAACAACAUGAUGGUGUCAGUUUAUGAAGAACGGUAUAACUACGAUUGGAAUCUGUUUCUGUCGGACCUUGGAGGCAGUGUAGGCUUUCUUCUAGGCCUCUCCGUGAUCGGCCUCAUGUCGAUCUUCGGGAAGAUCUGGAAUUCCAUCAUCAAGCCUUACUUCCAGACUCCGAAGACCAGGGAAGACGUCCAGGUACCAACUAUGACUCCUGCCUCUGAAGACAUCUACAAGAAAAAAGAAAUGUAUGAUUAUUGCAAAACUAUUAAUUGGAAGAAUUUAUACAAUUAGAAGAAUUUAUUUAUUUAGCAAGUGUACCUUUAAAAGGCAGUUCACUAUAAUAUGCCGAACA